AUGGCGACGUCCGCGAGCAUUCCCAUGGCCCCUCCAGUGGCCACAACUGGCCCGAUCAAGUCCAACGACCAGAUGUUCGCCCACAGCCAGGGCUUCUGGGACAACUACCGCCGCGGGCGGCCCCAGGUGCCGGCGAGCUUCUUCGAGCGCAUCUACCGCUACCACCGGGAUCACGGCGGCCAGUUCGGGACGGUGCAUGACGUGGGCGCCGGGGUCGGCCCCUACGCGGCGGAGCUGCGCACGCAGUUUGCCCACGUCAUCGUGUCGGACCUCGUGGCGACGAACGUGCAGCAGGCGGAGGCGCACCUCGGCCGCGACGGGUUCAGCUACCGCGCGGCGCCCAUCGAGGCGGCGGACGACCUGCGCCCGGGCAGCGUGGACCUGGUCUUCGCGACCAAUGUGAUGCACUUCGCGGACCAGCCGGCGGCCAUGGCGGCGAUCGCGACGCAGCUGCACCCUGGCGGCACCUUCGCGUGCGCCGGCUUCGGCCCCGCGCGCUUCGCCGACCGCGCCGUCCAGGCCGUCUGGGAGCGCAUCAGCCAGCAAGGGGGUCGUCUGCUGCUGGGCAUGGCCCAGCGCCCCCAAGAGACCGUUAACGUCAUGGCCCGCAGCUCCGGCCCUUACAACGUCGCCCCCCUCGACCUGCGCUGGUUUCGCCCGGGCGCCCUGCGUCUGCACCUGAACAUGGCCCCCAAUGGCGGCGGUAUCACCGGCCUCCUCCCGCCCGAACGCGCCCACGAGAUCACCGAUCCAGACUUCACGGGUCCCGCGGAUGUCGUAGUCGAGGAGACCACUGAUGACUGGCGCUUCGAGACCGACUGGGAGGGCUUCCUGCAUCAUUUCCGCUCGUUCCCGCACGCCAGCGUCGAUCCCGCCGCCUUUACGGGGCUGUUGCAGGAGAUGCAGGGCCUGCUGGCCCAGGGCCGCUCGUUCCAGGGCUGCUGGCCUGCGACGUUGAUUCUCGCGACCCGGCGUUAA